CUCUAUUUGGCUGCUGGGUUGUCUGCAAUCUUCGCCGUUCCGUGCGUCACUGUCAAUAAGAACGACCGUUGGCGCCAUGAAUUUUUAUCUUUCUGGCGGUGUCCACCCGUGGUUCGCUGUCCGCGUCGUUGCACACGAACUCGCGCAUGUGCUUGGGUUUGGCUACCAACAAAUGGAGGUGAAGAGUGUGGUGCGCACUCUCACCACUGGGGGCUAUGCGGCAAAGUCGGGGACGGUGAUCUCCACGCUCACAAAUAAGAAGGCGCAGGAGCACUUCAACUGCAGCAGCCUUGAGGGCAUGCCCCUGAGGGACGAAUACGACGGUGUAUCACGGCUGCACUCACACUGGGAUCGGCGGCGCGCGAAGAACGAACUGAUGGGCCCCACGGUUGCCACUGGUGCCGACUUCUACACCGCGCUGACUAUGGCUGCGUUUGAGGAUAUGGGCUUUUACAAGGCGAACUUCAGCAUGGCGGAGCCGAUGCGCUGCGGCAAAAACGCCGGAUGCGAGUUCGUCAAUGAAAAGCAGUGCGGGCCGGACGACCACACCAAGUUUCCCGCAAUGUUCUGUCAGAAGAACUACAGUGGCACCAUGUCGUACUGCACAAGCGACCGCGUUGCCUUGGGCCAAUGCAGUUCUUCGUGGAACGACGAGUACCUUUUCAUCCGCUCGUCACCUUUUGGUUCAUGCCGCAAUGAGGAAAACACGGCCCUGCACGGGAGCCGCCUGGACGCAGGCUCGUGGUGUCUCGAUGGGGAGUUGCUCAAGGUGGACGUGGAGACGUAG